GCAAACAUAUCAGGAUGGGGAGCCUGCAGUGUCUCUCUCAGGAGGUCUCUCUCCUCGCAUCUAUUGCUCGAGAUAUUUGUCCUUUUCCAAACUACCAAAUUACUCCUCAUGUUCAGGAUUUCCUCUCACUUAAUUCCUCCACGUAUCUCAACAACAGAUAUGCCACCGUCCAGUCCUCUCUGAGUGUCAAACAGCUGGAGGACUUCACCCAGAGCCUGAGAAGCACUUUUGGACGAGAGGGGAGAGUUUCUUAUGGAGGGGUGGGAGUGGUCGCUCUUUCUUUGGCCAUUCUGUUUGACACUGUGGCCCAACAAGUGAAGGGAGAGUACGUGUCCGACCAAGAGCCCAUCCCGGGACUGUUCUUGAAAAACUUCAGAGGGUACUACUCACCUUCGGUCUACACCAUCAGCAAGUAUCUGAGACUGGUGCCACAUAUAGCCAAUAAUCCCACCAGGAUGAGACAGGAGACUGAGAGGUAUUUGAAGCAGCUAACGUUUGAUUACCAGCUUUUUGAGAAACAGUGGAUGAAGGCAAAACAAGACGAUGUCACAGUGGUUAACCAAAAAAUCGGGGAAUACCUGCACUGGCAUUUGUACAUACACCUUCAACGCCUGACUAAUGCUACAUUUGCUGACAAGGCGAUUGAAUCUGCAUUCACGUUCUUUAAUAAUACUACAAAUGACAAACCACCCACUAAUAUCUCCUAUCACAAUGUAAACUUGAACCUAAACUGCAAUCCUGAAGAAAGCAGCAAAGAGUUUUUGGAUGAAAUUAAAAAAUCAGACGAGCGUACUCAAAAUGCAUUUAAAAGGUGCAAGCCAGAAGAUUUAGCAGAUUCAGAAACAUUACAACACAUUGCAAAAACUGACUGGCUUGCUGUUAAUGAAUUUAUCUUUAAUGGCGUGAGGAGAAAAGAGCAACAUAUUGCUCAAAAAGAGGAUUUCGACCUGAAAGUCGGUGCAUUGAGAAAAUGGGAAACACACUAA